CUGGUCACUCGCUGCUCUGCAACACCCAGGACAGCAGGUCCACCAGACCAACACACCAUGGAAAACCAUACCACGGACUUAGCCGACUUGCUAGCGACAACAGAAUUUGACUAUGGCGAUUCAGCACCAUGCAUGGGAACUGAGGAAAAGCACUUUGCAGCAAAACUUCUGCCACCACUUUAUUCUUUGGUGGUGAUAUUUGGCCUCACAGGCAACAUGCUCGUUGUCCUUAUCCUGGUAAAAUACAAGAGAUUGAAGAGUAUGACUGACAUCUACCUGCUCAAUUUGGCAAUUUCUGAUUUGCUGUUUAUAUUUUCUCUCCCUUUUUGGGCUUACUACGCUGUUCAUGACUGGAUUUUUGGAGAGGCACUGUGUAGAAUUCUCUCAGGUGUCUACCUCCUUGGUUUCUACAGCGGGAUCUUUUUCAUAAUCCUGUUGACCCUAGACAGGUAUCUGGCCAUAGUGCAUGCAGUGUUUGCUUUAAAAGCUAGGACAGUUACCUACGGCAUCCUCACCAGCGCUGUCACGUGGGCUGUUGCUAUUUUUGCUUCUGUUCCUGGGAUAGUAUUUCACAAAACUCAAAAGGAAAAUUCACGUUAUACCUGCAGUGCUCAUUAUCCAUCAGAGCAGAGAAAUGUAUGGAAGCAAUUCCUGACCUUAAAAAUGAACAUCCUGGGACUUGUUAUUCCUAUGUUAAUUAUGAUCUGCAGCUACACACAAAUUAUAAAGACAUUACUGCAAUGUAGGAAUGAGAAGAAACAUAAAGCGGUCAAGCUUAUUUUUAUCAUCAUGAUUGUUUACUUUUUUUUCUGGGCACCAUACAACAUUUGCAUUCUCUUGCGUGAUUUUCAAGGUACAUUUUCCAUCACUACUUGUGAAGGCAGUGGUCAACUGCACAAAGCAACCCAAGUGACAGAAACAAUCUCAAUGAUCCACUGUUGUAUCAAUCCUGUAAUUUAUGCCUUCGCUGGAGAAAAAUUUAGGAAGUAUCUUCAUAGCUUCUUCCGAAAGCAGAUUGCAUUCCGCUUCUCUAAAUACUGUCCUGUUUUCUACAUUGACACAGCUGAACGGGCUAGCUCCACCUACACACAAUCUACUGGAGAACAAGAAGUUUCUGCUGCCUUGUAAGUCAUGCCUAGUGAAA